CCUUGCCUUCCUACUAUCACGUCCAUUCUCGUCCAGGUUCCAGAUGUCCUCUAUACGGCCCAGAAAUUAUCACACUUAUACUCGAGAUGCCACUUGAAAAAAAUCUCAAAUUCGCGUGGUAUUUUGGCCGUCGAAAACAAUGAAAUAUCUUCGAACAAUGCCAGCUAUAAAAUGUCGCUGGACACUUCUCUCUACUACCUUACCGCCAUGUCCACCCCCUGCAUAUGCAGUAUCUGCCUCUCCGAGUUUGUUGACCCCGUUUGCACGCCCUGCGGACAUAUCUAUUGCUUUAGUUGCAUCACACAAGCUACGAGCAUUCUACGUAACGAAGUAUCCACCACAGCCCCGUGCCCUGCCUGUCGCAAGCCAUUCUCUAUACGUGACGACCCCCUAUCACGCGAUUUUCAUGAAUACUUUGGCUACCCCCUCCGGAGGCUCUACCUGAAUGGACUGCGGGUCAACUCUGAGGACCAAUUGAAGAGACUGGAGGAACGCAUCGCGACCUUGGAGCGAGAGAAUCAACGACUGCGAAUCAAGAACUUGUUACUGCUAGCUCUAUAUAUGCGCCAGCAAAGUGAGUGGAAUAGUCGGUCUGUGCCAUGGCUUGCACGCACGCCCCAUACGGGUGAAGCGGGUUCAGGGUCCCCGUCACGGGUCCCACGAGAGGAACAUAAUCCGGUACGCAUCAGGUGGAUGGUGAACAUGUGAGUUUUUAUCAGCCUGGAGCUUGAAAUUAAUGCCCAUGCUGUCGUAGGUUUGAAUUAGUGAUGAUGGUUGACUCGGAACGAAGGUAUAUUCUGUCGUGCGGUGUAGGGACAGUGGGUGGUCGGAGUUAAGAUACAAUAGGUACGAAAAUGUCAAAGUAAAGUAAAAUGGCAAAUAGGUAUAAAUAAGAUGUGGCGUUGAAGCCGUGAAAUCAAACCG